AUGGUCGGAGGUAUCCAUGAUGAUAUCAUCCCUGACUCUGACGACAAGAGUAUUGUAGAUGCUGAUGCGGACUCUAAUUAUGGAUUAGACGCCAUAGACGGCGAAUUGGGCACCGUCGACAAGACAUUCUCCGGUGUUCCGGUCCAGAUACCUCACGUCGAAACCGAUGUGACAGAUUCUAGACCCGUGUCAGAGUUGAAAGUAACAACGUCUGCGACUUUCACAUCCUCGCCAUCCAGGAACAAUAGUAAGAAGAUAAACGAUAGCGAGAAGAGCAACGACACCAAGAAGAUCAAUGGCAGCGAGAAGAGCAACUACAGCAAAAAGAACCAAGCAACAGCAAGAAAGAACCAAGGAGUACCGCUAGCAAGGAGUAUCGAUCCCAGCACCCAAGUCUUCAAAGCGCAUAGCACAGUUCUGCAACUUGAGGGCAGUACUGUUUACUAA